AUGGAGAAGCCACAAGGAAUGAUCGAGAACUCAACUUUUCCAUCUGACACCAAAGCUGCAGAAUCUUUUAUAAUUAGUGAGAAUGUCUUAGAUUCUACACAGGGAAAACCAGUUGAAAUUUCUCAAAGAACAAUUAUUCAAGAGUUGAAUUCUGAACUUAUGGAAGAUCAUUGUGAAGAGAGGCUUGCGGGAGACGCAGUUUUGGUUGAUGCUAUUAAGGAGAACGAAAAGGAAGUAUCAUCAUGCUCUGUACUCCUUAGCGAGCGUUUAUCACCUGCUUCAGUGCAAUAUUCAGUAAGCAAUUCUAAAGCUGAGCUAGUCGUCCCUACUGGCCAUAUCUUUGUUACGGAAAAUACCAAAACUAAGGACGAAAUCCUUAUUUGCACUCCUAUGUCUGAGCUUAAGGAGCAGACCUCUCUAGAAGCAGUCCUAGAAAACUCAGCUGAAUGUUGGAAAGAGAUUCACCCAAGCAUAGCUGAUAAGAAAAGUUCCUUAGAGAAGGACGUACAAGCAGCAAAUUUACAUGGAAACGUUUUUGAAUACAACACUGUCGGUUUUCUUAGUGCUGGUCAUUGUGUGAAAGCUAUUGGCUUUUCCAACACAAUGAAGACAGUGAAUCAAGAAUUGGUAAAAGAUACACAACAAGGAAUGACUGAGGAGCGCUCACCUUCUACAUCUGAAACCAAAGCUGCAGAACCUGUUAUGAUUUCUAAGAAUGAUUUGGAUUCUGCACUGAAAGUUCCAGGUUAUUCACUGGCAAGAUGCACGCAAGACUUGGAUUCUGAACUUCUGGAAGGAGAACAUGAGCAGAAAACAUUUCUGAUGGCUGUGACUAAGAAGGGUAAAGGGGAAGCAUCAUCACUGUCUAAGUCUCUUGUUGAGCGGUCAGAAGUAAAAACACACCCUGAUAACAGCAUCAUUGGUUGUUAUCUAGCUGUGGAAAAGACUACAUCUCCUGCUUCAGCACAUUUACAAAUGAUCCAUCCAUACGCCGAGCUAGGCGUGCCUACCAGCCGUAUCUUUGACAAGGAUAUUGUUUCGACAGUUAUCACUGAGGAAAAUAUUAAAACCAAGGAAGACACCCUUAUUUGCACUCCUAGAUCUGAGCUUAAGAAGCAUAGCUCUAUCUCUAGGUUAGCCAAAAUUGAAGAAAUCCUGGAAAACUCAGCUGAAUGUUGUAAAGAGACUUACUUAAACAAAGAUUAUGAGAAAGGAAUGAAGGACUCACCUUCAUCAUCUGAAACCAAAGCUGUAGAACCUGUUAUGAUUUCUGAGAAUAUUUUAGAAUCUACUCUGAAAAGUUCAUCUGUUAUUUCACCGAGAGGAAACACUCAAGAGUUGCAUUCUGAACUUGUGGAAGGAGAGUGUGAAGAGAAACAUGAGCAAGACACAGUUCUGAUGGCUUCAACUAAGGAAAAAGAGGAAUCAUCAUCACUGUCUGCAGUCGAGCUAUUUGUAGAAACCACACCACCUCCUACUUCAGUACUGUUAGCAGUGAGCAACCCGGAAGCUGAGUUAGGCGAUCCUACUGCCCAUAUUGUUGUGAAGGAUAUUGCUUCAACAGUUAUUGCUAAGGAAGAUAUCAACACCAAGAACGAAAUCCUUAUUUCCACUCCUACAUGUGGGCUGAAGGAGCACAGCUUUGUAGCUACAUUAGCAGAAGAAAAAGAUUUAAUAACAGCAAUCCUGGAAAAUUCAUCUGAAUGUCAGAACGAGAUUCAAUCAGGCAAAGAUGGUGAGACAGGUUCCUUAAAGAAGACAAUACAAGCAGAAAAUCUUCAUGGAAACUUCUCUGGAUACAACACUAAGAAUAGUUCUCUUGGUGAAUGUGUAAAUCUGGAGAUGCUGGAUGAGGUCAAAGAUGAGAUUUUGGAGAAAUCCGAGCAGAGAAGUUCUUUUGAAAGAGGUUGCAAACUUAAUGCGUUAGAGCUAAAAAGAUGCUCGUCAACUGAUUCCACUUCUCAUUCUCUCGAGGAAAAUAACGUUUCAAAGUGUUUUGAGGAAGACAACACAAAAGCUUUGUCCCUAGCUCUACCUAGAAACAACGAGUCUAGCGCCUUUGAUGAGUUAGUUAUAUUCACUACCCCAGAGAGGAAGUUGAUGUUGAUGGAACAAAGCAGGGAAAAGGGAAAGGCGCUUGCAGCUGAAUCAAUGACCGAACACAAUGAUUAAGUAGGAGAGUCUAAUGCUGUUGUUUUCACAACUCCUAAACAAGUUUCAACGCUGGGGGAUGCUAAGAUAGAUGAUACCGGAAAGGAAGACGAAUCUGAAGUAUCUACUGGGCUACAUAAUGAUCAACCUUCAGCCGAUUCUGAACUAAGCGAAACAGGAUGGCAAGGAAUCAAUAGUGCUGACAAGUCAUGUCUUUUUACAAGCGCGGAGAGACAACUAUUGUACGGAGGAUCUGAGCAAAAGGAAGCAGUACUGAUUGGAGAAAUAGUGGGUGCAGAGUUUCAUGAUGGGUAUGUUGUUCCAAAUGUUCCAGUUAAACAUCCCUUUCCAGAAAACUCAGAAUUGGACGACGCUGCAGAAGGUGAAGUUAAUAAGUCUGUGAAAUUGCGAGUUGACUCUGGCAUUUUCACUAGUGCCGAGAAACAUCUUGAAACAGAUCAAGAGAUAAAAGGAGACAAUAUAACUGCUAAAUCUCAUGUUGUCUCUGAUCUUCUCACUGCUGCCGAGGGCCACUUUCUUCUGAUGGGAGAGUCUGAACCAGAUGAAGCUGAAAAAAGCAGGGAAAAGGGAAAGGCGCUUGCAGCUGAAUCAAUGACCGAACAAAACGAUGAAGUAGGAGAGUCUCAUGCUGUUAUUUUCACAACUCCUAAACAAGUUUCAACUCUGAGGGAUGAUGGGAUAGAUGAGGAACAUACAUCUACCAUCUUUCCUGAUGAAUUUGAUGUCAAGGAAUCAAUAGUGCUGACAAAUCAGGUUAAACAAGGAGAUCGAUCUGGAAUGAAUGAAGAAAAUAGGACUGUUGAGCUUCAAUGUGAUUCUGGCACUUGUAGCCUGGAUACACAUACUCACUUGGGAAAUUGUGUAUCAGGUGGAGGGAACAACCCUAUGGAGUUUUAUGAAGAUUAUGUUGUUUUCACUGACCAGGAGAGAUAUGAGCUUGCUGGAUCUGUUGGACAUGAUAAAGCUAGAGAAAGUGAAGGAAAAGAGGUUGUGCAGUUGUAUGAGAAAUCUGAAGUGUCCACUGGGUUACACAGUGCUCAACCUUUAGCAAAUUCUGAACUAAGUGAAACAGGAUGGCAAGGAAUCAAUAGUUCUGACAAGUCAGGUCUUUUUACAAGCGUGGAGAGACAACUCCUGUACGGAGGAUCUGAACAAAAGGAAGCAGUAAAGACUGGAGAAAAAGCGGGUGCAGAGUAUCAUGAUGGGUUUGAUGUUCCAGAAAACUCAGAAUUGAACGAAGCUGCAAAAGGUGAAGAAAAUAAGUAUGUGGAAUUGCGAGUUAUCUGUGCCGAGAAACAUCUUGAAACAGAUGAAGGGGUAAAAGGAGACAAUAUAAGUGCUAUUUCUCAUGCUGUGUCUGAUGUUCUCACUGCUGCGGAAGGCCAGUUUCUAAUGGGAGAGUCUGAACCAGAUGAAACUGAAAAAAAAUACAGAGAAAACAACGAUGUGGAUAUGUUGGGUGAAUCUAACACGUCCUUUGGCCCAGAGAUGCACAUGCUGUUUGGAGACUCCGAACUAGGUGGAACAAAAAACAUAAGAGAUUAUACAUCUACCACUUGCGAAGAGUCUUUUGUUUCCAUUUCUCCAGAGAGACGACAACUUCUAGUGAACUUUGAACCAUACAGUGCUGGUAAGAAAGAACAAAAGGUGGUGGACGACAGUGUGGUUCAGGAAAGUCUUCUUGCAGCUUCAGAUUUCAGAGAAAAUACCAUUGCUGACUCAAGCAGUAGUAUCGCAUCCAAAUUUGUUUACAGCAAUGACUCUAAUGCUGGGAUAGAAACUGCAGGCGCAGAGUUAAUGCCAAAAGGUUCUCAGGCAGAGGAUGUUGCAGGUCUAGAUACUACACAAGGGUCAAAGAAAAGCAGAGAGCAUUUUUCACAUGUUGACUCGUUAAAUCUUUUUGAUUUUGAGAUUGAGGAGGCAGAGACAAUCAUGGAAGCAGAAAGAAAUGUUCCCCUUAGCUCCUAUAUUGCGUCACCAGCCAAAGGUAACUCCGAGGCAAUUGACGAAAUUUCCCACGACCUUGAAGGUGCUGGAAGCUGUUCCAUGGUGUCUGGUGAGCAAUUUCUUAUACAAAAAUUCCAUACAGCCAAUAUAAUUUAAAUCAUAUUAGUAUGCUUAUAUAAUUCUAUCAGUUGAGUUUAAAUUUUCAUAUCUCUUUCUUCAUCCCUGAAACGCAGAAGAAUCUGGCCUUUCCACAGAAAAUCAGAAUCAGAUAAGUGAUGCGCUGGAAGAAUUGGCAAUAACAGGUAGUUAUCACGUUAACACUCUUACUUUUCAGUAUCACAUGCUCUGUUCCUGGAGGCAUACAUAAGUGCAAAAUAGUUAUAUUCUUUCCAAUCAUCUGUAGACAUUAAUGAAGCAGAUAAGAACAUUCAAAAAGGAUUCGAGGGAAAUUUCCUGUUGAAUUCUUCAGGUGGUUCCUAUGUCAAUGUCACUGGUAAGACAUGCAUCUUAGCUGGAAUGGAGGAUGAAGAUGAAGCAGCUGGUCCUGUUGCUAUUGCCUUUGGUAAAUUUAUUUUCUACAUCUAAGCAAUUUCUAGGUGUUACUUACUAUAUUGGGAUACUCUUGACUAAUUACUGCUUCUACUCAAUCCAUUCUCAGAGAAACCCAUCUCUCUGACCCCUGAUGAAUUUACUGUUCAGAAUAUCAUGAAUGAAAAAGGUUAGAUUUCUUACAAAUGUUAUGUCUCUUGUAUCCAGCAAAAAUGGCAAAACAGCUAAAACAAUGACUAAAACCCUAACUUUUUGUUUCUUUUUUUAAUUGCUGCAGAUAAGGAAAUGAUCAGGAGGGAAACUACUACUGAAACCAGAAAGGAGUAUUUGAACAUUGAUGAAUCAGGUGCGUUAUCCGAGAUGCAAGUGAGAAGAGAACCAAGCUUGAUUUACAGAACAGAAGCCAAGCCUAAAAUGCAUGACAUGAAAGAGAAUGCACCAAACUUGAAGAUUGUGCAUAAUCUUAACGUAACAGCUCCAAGAACAUCAAAGAGACAGCCGCUCCAAGACUUGGGGAAGAACUAGAAGACGAAUCUGCAUAUCUCAUGCACUUAUCUAAAAUCUCUCUUAUACGCUAUAAUAAGUUCUGCUUCUAUUAUGUACUUUGAAACACCUAUCUUGAAUCAGUACUACUAAGCUAAUAACGUUUCAAAUUUGCAGUAUUGAACGUGUCUUUUUUUAUAAAAUAGUUUGCCUUGUGCUUUCUUAUGUUACAAGAUGAUCAAAUAGUCAUAUAUGUUAACACAUGCACCAA